AUGCGCGACCAAUCCAAACCCUUGCCCCAGCUGCGUGAGGGCGAUAAGGUGCUGGUGCGGCGGGUCGACACCUGGGUGGAGGCCGAGGUUGCCCGCUGCGCCAAUGGCCAGGUGUGGGUCCGGUGGGGCUCGCAGGCCAGGUGGAGCUGGCGCCCCUCCCGCAUCCGCUCCCUCCCCUGGACCUGCGCUGUGCCAUGCGAUUCGGCCUUCUUGCGUCGCGACCUGUCGCGCCUGUCUCUGACCCCCGCCCAGCGCCGCUCGCUCAACAAGAGGCAGGCCAAGGCCCAGGUGGAGAGCGACCUGGCCCGGGAGACGCGCCUCCAGCAAAAGUACUACGCGCGCAAGUUUGGCACGGCCGCCGACGCCGAGGGCUGCGGCGACGACGACGAUGAUGACAACAAGAACAAGGACAAGAACAACGACGACAACUACAACAACUACUACUCCUACUACAGCCGCAACAGCACCGCCUACCCGGGAGAGAACUGGCCGGACAAGUACCGCAGCCUCUCGAACCCGCACUCGGUCUCGAGCGGUGGCCGGUCGACGGGCGGCAGGGGCGGCGGCGGCCAGUACGCGUACGCGCUGUACAAGGGCAAGCAGUACACGAUGGCCGAGUUCGAGGCCGUGCUGGCCGACGACCGCAAGCGCGCGCCCAAGACCGACCCGCUGCGCGAGCAGAUCCGGGCGCUGCGCGAGGAGCUGCUCACCCUCCACGUCGAGGACCCUGCUUGCCAGCACGCUUACGACCUCGACCAGUUCAUGUUCGAGGAGGCCUACGCGGCGAGCGACUUCAGCAGCGCGGGCGGCGACGACGACCGCGGCUGGGGCGCCGAGGACGACAUCGCCGACGGCUGGAACCAGGGCGGGCGCCAGUCUGGCCACAGUGAGGCGCGGGAGAGGGCGCCGAGGCGUGAGCGCAAGCCGCGCCGGGCGGCCGGGUGGAUGGGUGAUUGGGCCGUCCCCGCCCCUGACGAGGCCGACGGGCACCCGUCGGAGGAGACUACUGCAGGCCGCGACGAUGCGCACCUGGCCCACGAGGUCGAAGAUGACCACCACCACCACCACAACAGCCGCGCGUCGUCGACGUCUGCUGCCGCCGCGGCCAGCGACUGGGCCAACCCGUACGACCUCCAGUUCGAGAGCGCUGCCGCGGGCGGCUCCGUUUCGCUUUCGGCCAGCGACGCCUUCCCGACGUCGGCGUCGGCGUCGCUGGCGGCUUUCGGGCCGACGAGCGGCGGCUCCGUGUCCUAUGGCAUGCCCGAGCUCACGACUCUGGCCGCCGGGUUUCACCUUCACGACGCCUCGAGGUUCUUCACCACCGCCACCAGCCACGCCUUCGACGACAACUACUGCGCGCCCACCUACAGCGACAGCAUCGACUUUGCCGCCUCCGCCGCGGCCGACUAUGACCACAACAGCCGCUACACGACUGCCGACACCUACGGCUACAGCAACAGCAACGACAACAGCAACGUCGAUCACAACAGCAGCAGCAGCAGCAGCCACCACUACGGCAACGAGAGCGGAGAGGACAACGACAACGGCGCGGAGGAGGAGGACGGUGAGGAGGGCGAUUUUGGCGGCCUCUUCAGCGAGAACAGCACGCGUCGCGAGUCGCGGUCGUCAAUUUCGAACGAGUUGGCCGGCGCAAGGACCUCCACCGCGGCCAAGAAGGGCAGCGGCAAGGCGCCCGAAGCCGCGGCGGCGGCCAACAGCGGUGCGGGCGGCGAGGGCGGCAAGGCCGGGGUCAUCGACCUGCGACAGCUGAAGAGGCGGCAGAAGUGGGAGGCCCGUCAGGUGAAGCGCGAGGAGUUCAAGCGCCGGCAGCGCCAGGAGCGCAAGCUCGGCGCUGCCAACUGA